UGGGUUGUUGGAGGGACUCUCAUACCCGCGCCAUGGCGUAUCUAGAGGGGACGAAUUCACUCUUGGAUGGUGACUACCAGAGCCGUCAUCACGCCAUCCAGAAGUGUUACCUGGCAGCACUGUCUCGUCACUUUACCGUGUUUGGUGUACAGCAUGGCGGACAGUGUUUCGGGUCUGCUGAUGGCAUCAACACUUACAACAGGUACGGACCUACUACAACCUGCGCAGCGGACGGCGAAGGCGGGGCUUGGGGAAAUGAGGUCUACAAGAUUACAGGGUACACCAGCCUGGGUUGUUGGAGGGACUCUGCUACCCGCGCCAUUCCGAUUCUAGAGGGGACAGAUUCGCUCUUGGAUGGUGACUACCAGAGCCGUCAUCACGCCAUCCAGAAGUGUUACCAGGUAGCGCUGUCUCGUGGCUUCCCCAUGUUUUCUGUACAGGACGGUGGACAGUGUUUCGGGUCUGCUGAUGGCCUCAACACUUACAACAGGUACGGACCUACUACAACCUGCGCAGAGGACGGCGAAGGCGGGGCUUGGGGAAAUGAGGUCUACAAGAUUACAGGGUACACCAGCCUGGGUUGUUGGAGGGACACUCAUACCCGCGCCAUUCCGACACUAGAGGGGACAGAUUCACUCUUGGAUGGUGACCCUCGGAGCCGUCAACACGCCAUCCAGAAGUGUUACCAGGUAGCACUGUCUCGUGACUUCACCGUGUUUGCUGUACAGUAUGGCGGAGAGUGUUUCGGGUCUGCUAAUGGCAUCAACACUUACAACAGGUACGGACCUACUACAACCUGCGCAGAGGACGGGGAAGGCGGGGCUUGGGGAAAUGAGGUCUACAAGAUAACAGGGUAGUCGGAAUUCAGACCAGAACACCAACUGCUGGAAACGGAAACUACUGAUUGGACUAUAGUGUGUUCCUAAUGUAAUUAUUCAAUGUGGCCCAUUGAAACCGGCUACUGUGUUGGACUCAGAAUAAUCGACAAGAAAAAAGACAUCUGAUCUGUGUGUUUUUGUAUGUGUGUGUGUGUGUGUGUGUGUUUUGCGUGAGUGUGUUUGUGUAUGUGUUUGUGUGAGUGUUUCCUACUUUUUUUAUAGAAAGUAAUCCUGGCAGGCGUUUCAUUGUUUCCUUCUUAGUUAAAAAUGACUCAUCUUAGAUGAAUUACUUAUCAAGAUUAUUUGUCGGUUGAUAUUUUUAAUAUUUGUAGAUGUUCUCACAUCAAUUUCUAAGAUUCAGUUUUAUAUUAGGUAUUGUCAGCUUAGAUUUUAAGAAUUUACACGACUUUUAUAAAAAAUUUCCGCCAUACCAAUAUUGGUGUUUUGCGUAACAUUUGUAACAAGUAUUCGUGGACUAUGGAUAAUGCUUCCUCUGUUUGACGUGAACUUUGAUGCAAUGUAAUGCGUAUUUGAUGCAUCACCACUUUGUAUACA